UCUUGUGAUUCGGUGUAGCUUGUUGUUGAGCAUUGUUGCCUCGGUUUCUUCUCUUUCUAGACAUCUCUCUCUUCAGUUUCCCACCGGGCCGUCAAGUGCAGAGGGUUCCAAAGCCGACAGCGUUUAAGUAAGUUGUCUGUCCCAGCCUGGUGACGGGAGACUAGUGGGCAAAGUUCAGGCCGCUCCGGUCUAGAUUAUAGUGCUCAUCAAUACGUGUGAGAGUGAGGCCUUUUCAGUGACAGUGUGAUCGACAUGUAACUAACCUAAACUCCAGUGGCUCUUCUUCAUGGUAGCCUCUGGAAUCCCAAACAGAAGGACACGGUUCUCUAACUGAUGCCAUUAUGUAAUAUUUGUUCAGUGUACUCUCAGCAAUCCUGCCUUCUUUCUAUGUUAAUGGGACACGAUCUGGCUCAGGAGCCCUGACAGGUCAGGUUGUCAUGACAACAGCCAGGACGUGGAGCUGAAGUGCGGAAAAAACCCAAAUAAGUAUGUGUCUAUUAUGCAGUAUCUGAGAAGGACUAUAAAGGAAGGAUGACGGACGGGAAGCCUAAAUGUGGCGACUAGAAGCUGACACAAGUUUCAUGAGAUAAUUCAAUCAACCACUACAAGCUGGAGUCAUUUACUGUCAGAAUGUCUGUUAAAAUAGAGCAGCACAUUGAAACACAUUGUGAAUAUAGGAUUUUCAUAAUUUACUUUUUAAUCUCAACAUCCGUAUUUGAUACAUUUGAAUUUAUUUUUUUUUUCGGUGAUACAACCAUCAUACAUAAAACAAACCAUUUUAUAACCAUUUUAUAGAAGAUGGAACAGUGUCAAUCUUGGACUCUUCUUACUUCUUUAGUGUGAGUGGGAGCAUGAUAAUACCAUUAUCUACCGAAAACAGACAGAAAAACAGACGAACAGCAGUUAACCAUUAGCGCCGCUCUGCUUAUUGACAUUUGUCGUUGAAUGUUUUUGGUUUCUGACAUGUUACAUUAGAAAUUUGAUCAUCGGACGUGAAGGACGUAGCAUGUUUAUCAUGGCUGCCUUUUUAAAACUUCUUUUUUUUCAUCAUGAUGAUAUGGCAGAAUUUUUGCCACAUUUUUAUGCUCAUUCCUCUCAUUGUCUGGUGUAAAAUCUGGCUCCUAGUAUGUGCUUAUAUAUAUACUUAUAAACUGUAGACACUUAUUAAAUAUAAUUAAUGCUCAGCAUAGUGUGAAAGUAUUUGUCCUCUCAACAUAAAAUAUAUAACUACUGUAACUUAAGUCUGAAUUAUUCAGUACAUUCAGUUUGUGGGCCCUAAUGUAGGUGGGGUUAUCUUGACAUAGGUCCCGCCAAAAUGCCCUGCCAUGAGUGCGACGGUGCGCCCUAAGUGAUCGCUGCCAGUCGUCCAUCUUUGUUUAUCCACCUGCCCAUAACCUCAAACUUGAACCUGCAUCUUCAUCUAGCAAGCUAUUAGGUCUCUUCACUCGACUUCAUGACAGCAACUCUGUAGUACAGUGUCCUUAUUUAUUGAUUUAUUUGCAGUCUGCCUCCUCUUCAAGACCUGUAUGUCUCCAGGACCCAGAGACGUGCAGGUCGGAUCAGAGCCGACCCUUCUCACCCUGGUCAUGGACUGUUUGUCCCUCUUCCCUCUGGCAGGAGGCUUCGGUCCAUCCAGACCAGAACCUCCCGUCACAGGAACAGCUUCUUCCCCUCGGCUGUCAGACUGUUAAAUUCGUGAUCAGCCUUUGUUAUUUUAUUUUAUUUUAUUUUAUUUUAUUUUAUUUUAUUUUUAACAGCACUUGUUGGUGGGGCCUCCACUGACCAUGGCAAUAAAUUCUAUUCUGAUUCUGAUCUAUGUCUUCACUUUCCCUCUGAUUACCGUGCACUGGUUUCAGGGAGUCCAUGUGACAGAGCAGCAGCUAAACCAGUUGGAUGAGACAGAAACCAACCAUCUCUCAGUCAUGUUCCAGUGGAGCGCUCUGACAACGCUGCUGCUGGUAGCUGCGCACACAAGCAACACUCAGGAGUGUCACAACUUCACCAAACUGAAACUAGCUCACGCGAUCAUCGGCACCAGCGUGAGAGUGAAGCUGCUGCUCUACACCAGAGACAAUGUGAACUGCGGCAUCCUCCUCUCACACACCAACCUGACCACACAACCUCGCUUCAACCUGUCCCGGCCCACCACCUUCAUCCUUCACGGCCUGCGGCCCACCGGAUCGCCGCCCGUGUGGGUGGAGGAGCUGACCCAGGAGCUGCUGCGCCACGACGACCACAAUGUCAUCGUGAUGGACUGGAACCACGGAGCUACCAAUUUGAAUUAUUUUAAAGCUGUGGAGAACACACACAAGGCCGCAGAGAACCUCACCGCUUUCAUCAGGAGGAUGCAGGAACAUGGAGCUGCGAUGGAUAAGAUCCACAUGAUUGGGAUCAGCCUCGGCGCUCACAUGUCAGGGUUCGUUGGAGCCGAACUGAACGGGACGAUAGGAAGAAUUACAGCCCUGGAUCCAGCUGGGCCUGUGUUCACAGGAACUCCUCCAGAAGACAGACUGGACCCCUCAGACGCUCAGUUUGUGGAUGUUCUCCACACCGACAUUGACGGUCUUGGCUACAGGGAGCCUCUGGGUCACAUCGAUUUCUACGCCAACGGUGGGACGGACCAACCCGGCUGCAGCAGAUUCAUCUUCUCAUUCAACUCCUACAUCAAGUGUGACCACCAGAGAUCAGUCUUCCUCUUCCGCGAGUCGGUGGACCACACCUGCCAGUCUCGGGCGCUUCCCUGCUCCUCCUACAAUGACUACCUGGACGGCAAAUGCCUGUCCUGUGACCAGUUUGGCGGUGCUGGAUGUCCAGUGUUUGGCUAUGACAUCACAAAAUGGAAAGAUGCCAUCCUCCAACUGGGACCAACAAAGGCUUAUUUUACAACUAACCAACGGUCACCGUUUUGCAUGACCAACUACCGAGUGGACGUGGUGGUCUGGAACGAGGAGGUUCGCUGGGGGUACAUCACCGUCAAACUGCAUAACAAGACGGAAACUGCAGUGGCGACUAUUGACCACCGAGCGUCAGAGUUCAGGAAAUUCCACGAGAGCCAUUUGUUUGCCCAGUUUGACAAGAAGCUGCCGGCCGUGGACAGAGUGUCGGCCAUGUUCUACACCGGGAACGUUUUCCAACCCAAAUACAAACUCCGGGUUCUCCGACUUCGCUUAACCAAUCUGGACGAGGAGAGCCAGUCUCUGUGUCGAUACGACAUCGUCCUGAAGGAGAAUACGGAAGUGGAAUUUAAGCCCCUCCCCUGUGAGGAGCUCACCUUCUGAGAAGAGUCACGUCCGAGGAGAAGUCGUGGCUUAGUCAGAUAUCCCCUCCUGCGCGGGGCCACAUGUUGAGGCACAUCUAUGAAGCACUGCGUGAACCCCAUGAGACUGAACCUGCUGUGAAGCUCUGUAUUUGUAAGAGAACUUCUCUCCUGUUAGGUGGUUCACUCACUGAGCUUCGUCUGAACUGAAGAGGUUGUGAAUACUCAACCCAAACAGCAUCAUGAGACUGUUGCUCCACAAACCAAUGUUAAUGUUAAGUAUAAUACCUGAUGUUUGCCACAUGAUAUAUGACAGUAUUUCUAAUUUAUUUGUAAAAAUUAUACAUGAUCACUGAUUUUUUUUAAAUGAACUGUUGUUUUAUCUGCUAUUUUAGUUUAGACCUUUUUUCAUGUCUUUUCAUAACAACAAAAGUUGUUUUCUGCUCAUUCU